AUGGCACUCGCUGUGCCGUGGAAUGCCGAGAAGAUUUUUGUGGUGGACCCUGCAACUGGCCAGGCUUCGGCCAUCGACCUCCCCGCAGGCAUUGAUGCAAGCAGGGAGCAGAAAAAUGUGUCCGUCUGCAGCGUGGUCGGUAAGGCGGUGGCAGUGCCGUUUAAUGCUGAGAAGAUUUUGGUCGUGGACCCAGCAACCAGCACGGCUUCGGCCAUCGGCCUCCCUGCCGGCAUGAAUGCAAGCGGUGUGUAG